CAUAAACACGGGGUAUAAAAAUACUUCUGAUUUUGCCAUUAAAAAAUAAUAGAAAGGAUGAAAUUGUGUAGAAUGGCAACAUGACAAAUGUGCCAAAAGGGGCUUGGUUAUGUCACAUAUCAAGUCUUGGUCCUUAACAAUCUUUCCAUCCCACCCACACCAUAAUUUUCCAAAAUUACUGUUUUCCAGAAUUUAUUUUUGCAAUGGCAGCCCUACAAUAAAUUGUUACAAGUUUGCCUUUUUAAAACUAAAGCAUGAGAGCUCACAACACUGGAGUACAACAAUGCUCCACCUAUAAAUCCACUUAUAUUAGGGAGGAUAGCUACAGUGACCUUCAUGGCUUCCAGUAAACGGCAAAGUACUUUAGUAUAAGAGUAACUCUCUGCUCAACUCUGAACACAGUAUAUAAAUGCUUUCAGUUGGCGGUGCAGUCUUUAGUGUUUAGAACUCUGCUAGUCACACAGAUUGAGUUCACUGGGUCAGGAUACACGGCCUAAUUUGGGUCAUACCAAUGCACCCUUUAGGGGGUGAUUUGUAAUGUUACUGCCAUGCGCCUCCCUUCGUGGUGCUCGAGCAGUUUCCACACAAGCAUAGUCUCCCGGUGGCUGGUUAACGCAGAAAUCCGUUCACCUACUGAGUAGCUUUCUGCUAGUGCACCCACCCAUUUUACUAUCCUCGAAUGGUAGCGGCCGCAGUCCUGGCGACUUGCCUGGGACGCCGUGCUGAUCCGGAUGUAGUGUGAUUAGUGUGAUUACUGCCGGGAGGGGGGGAGAGGGAUUGCAGGAGCGGCGCUGGCAGGAGAUACAGAGAGGACAGGUAAAGUACAGAGUAAAAGGUGUGAAGGGUGUAAGAGGGAGCAGUGACAGCCAGACAGGGCUCCCUGAGCAGUGUGACCUGCAGCAGGUGGCAUGUAAGUACCAGCAGGGCAGUCACAAAUACAGACACUUAUUGGGUGUGAGCCCAUAGCGCCAACAUAUUAUGCAGUGCUGUACAAAGUGUUAGGCUUGCCUGGUUUCCAGGAUAGGAAUUAGUUUUGGAGUUUCCUAUGGGCAGGGCAUGAAAAGUGCUGCCCUGCAGUAUGUAAUAUAUAUAUAAUUUUAAUGUUUCAUUUUUAUUAUAAGAUGCAAAUAUCACACAUUGUCACAGGUACAAUUUUUUUUUUUUGGCAAAUUGUUUAACAUGUAGUUACACAUAGUACUGGUAGUUACAUAUAAUACUGUAUUUUAUAUACAUGAAGAACGAAACCUAUUGACUGAGCAGGCCAGUUCCUUUGGUAUAUUUCCUGAAUGAAUUUGUGGGGUUACACACCUGUAAUAUUGAUUUCUGCCUACUACAGGGCAACGCUUCACAUCCCAUCUACUAUACAUCAGCAAGAAGUCAAACAAGGAAAUGUGGUGGUUAUGUCAAUUCUGGGUUAUGUGUAUAGGUUAGACCAGGGGUGUCCAAAAUGUAGGUCCCCAGGUGCAGUAGAACUACAACUCUGAAGAUGCUUUGCAUGUCUUUGGAAUGCCUUUAGAAUAGCAAAGCAUUAUGAAGAUGUAGUUUUAAAACAUCUGGGGAAUCUGCCCUUUGGGCACACCUGGUUUAGACCCUGGUGAGAGACCAGGUGCCUCCAGCUCGCAUUCCCUUGCAGUACUUACUAUUAUCAGACAAUAGUUGGCAGUCUGAGGGUGAACUUUAAAAAGCUUUUUUUUUUUUUUAUUGCCAUCUCCUCUGGUUAAUUAUUUGGUGUGGUUAUUACAAUAGUUUUUAGCCAUAAUAUAAAGUUCAUAUUCUAUGUACAUGCAAAUUUGCGGGCUGGGUUCAGCCUGAACAGAACUGUGCUGUAGUUUACUUAAAUGAACACAAUAGUGUCAGGAACACAACCAUGUAUUCCUGACACCAUAGUGUCUCACUAUUUAGGUGUCAUACCCAGGGCUGGACUUGGGAUACAAAGCAGCCCUGGAAAAAAACGUUAUGCCAGCCCCAUAAAUCACUGCGCCAUAUAUUGUCGCAUGUAAUAUGUAAGGCUAUGUCUUACCACCCCAGAUGAUUGAGUAAUAUAUAUUGCUUUUUCUAAUAUAAAAUAUUGGCCCUUUCAGAGUAAAACGUUUAAUUAUACAGUAAGCAUACUCACAUGCAGACACUGAAAUCUCAAUGACACACACAAGCUCAUUGAUACACAGCCUCAUAGACAAACAAUAUCACUGAUAUACAUCAGCUCAUUGACAUAAAAACACAAGCUCACUCACUAGCAGGCACACACAUGCAAGCAAGCUCACUCACUAGCAGACACACACACAGCUUAAUGGAGUGGUACUGGUGUCUAUAGCAUGUCCCUACAGGUUUUUCAACGUAAACACUGACAUUUUAGAGAAAAGGCAGUGUUUACAUUGCUUCAAAGUGACACCGCUAGUGACUGUCACUAGAGGUGCUUCCUGUGUCAGUGCACCUACAUUCAGGGCCUCCACACUCUGGAGGCGCUGAACGUUCCCCAUAGAGAUACAUUGAUUCAAUGCAUCUCUAUGAGGAGAUGCUGAUUGGUGUAGCAUUUUGCAGCCAAUCCUAUGGCAAAGCAUUGGAUUGGCUGAGAUCAUCAAGCUUGAUGAUCUUAGCCAUAGAGGCAGGGCCAGUCGAGGGAAGACGAGCACGCUGCGUGGGGGGAAAAAAAGGUGAGCAAAAACACUAUUGUUAAACACACAUACACCAUGACAGACACAAACACACAUAUACCAUGACAGAUACACACCAUGAGAGACCAUGACACAUGCAGACCCACACACACACCAUGACACAGACAGACACACACCCAUAUACCAUGACACACACCAUGACACAGACAGACUCACACGCACACCAUGACACACAAACACACCCCAUGACAGACAGACAGACAUACUCACACACCAUGACGGACAGACAUACACACACACCAUGAGACAGACAGACACAUCAUAACAGACAGACACACCAUAACACACAUUACUACUACCUGCCAGGGCGUCGUGCAGUGCAGACGGCUGUCUGUGCUGGCGGCCGCUGGGGGAGGUCUGCUGGUGGCCGCUGCGCUGGCUCUGCUCUCCCGCCCUUGCGCGCUGCUGCAUGAGACCGCGGCCGGAAUAUGACGUCAUAUUCCGGCCGCGCUCUCAUUAAGCUGCACGCUGGGAGACAGAACAGCUCCCCCAGUGGCCGCCAGAAGACCUCCCCCAGCGGCCGCCAGCAGACCCAGGUGUCUGCCCGGCCCCAGGUGCCGACGGCCCACCGGGAAAUAUCCCGGUGGGCCAGUCCGGCCCUGGUCAUACCCCCUCUGAUCUCAAUAAAAAGUCAACUCACCUUUUCUCCCGUGCCACGGCUGGCGUGGUGUGUGUUUUAGAGAUUGGGUAUUUUAAAUAUGAUUUGUUUAUUUUAAUCUAUUUUAGCCUGUGCUUUGCAACUCAUUUUUACUACAAUUCCCUGUUCAAUGAGUAAUCCACUUUGGCUGUUUAGUAAACACUGAAAUUAUGUUGAAUUGCAAAGUAAAUGACCGUUUAUUACCAAAGUAAUAUACUCAACAAAGCAUGUCACACAUUUUGCAGACAAGGUCACUUUAGUGUUUAAGCUGUUUAAUCAGGUUUAGGUAGCUUAGUAUAUUUGCAUUUCUAGUUCCUUUUAUGGUGUGUAAUUAGAAUUUGUAAAAAUUCUGAUUAAAAUCUUUAAACAUUUUUGGGAAAAGUCAGGAUUUUUGUCAAUACUAUUGCAUUAGAUGAUGGGUAUUAUUUUAUUUAUCCAUAUAAAAUUACAUUUCACUAAAACCUGAAAGCUCAUGUGUUUUACCACAUUUACUCAUUGUGAUAUAUAGAUUUUAUAAUAUGUAGAUAGAUUUGUUUAUUGAGCUAUAUUUUUUUUUAAAUUAUAACUUAUUGUAUUUUUGCUUUAUUUGUUUUUUUUACCUUUUAGAGAACCUUAGCCAUGACUCACCAGCUUAUCUCCCGUGCAUUGGUAUCUCCUCGUUGGUUGUUUGAUUCGCUGCGUCCUGGAUCUGCCUUGAGUGGAAGUCUCCGUGUUCUGGAUGCUUCAUGGCAUCUCCCAAAAAGUGGCCGUGAUGGGUGGAGAGAAUACAAAGAGCGUCAUAUACCUGGCUCCUACUUCUUUGACAUAGAUGCCUGCAGUGAUCGUACAUCUCCUUAUGACCAUAUGCUGCCCAGUGAGGAAAAGUUUUCGGAAUAUGCAGGACACCUGGGGAUUUCCAACAACAACCAUGUGGUGGUCUAUGAUGCAAGUGACUUUGGUUCUUAUAGUGCCCCCCGACUUUGGUGGAUGUUUAGAGUCUUUGGACAUCCCCAGGUAUCUGUAUUGGAUGGUGGCCUAAAGGCCUGGAUGAAAGAAGGAUACCCGUUGAAAUCUGGGAAAGAGCCACGUCCAAAACCAGUAGAGUUUCAAGCAAAGCUCAAUGCAUCUCAAGUUGUGGGACAUGAAGAGAUGGUGGAGAAUAUGGAAAAGAAGACGUUUCAAUUGGUAGAUGCUAGAGUAAAUGGAAGAUUUCGGGGUUUGGAACCAGAGCCCAGGGAAGGUGGGUAUUAUGGAUCUUUGCACAGAAAGUGCAGACAUUCCUGCAUACUUCUUACAUUAUAGAGGACCAAAACAACUUGCACAAUUGUUUCAGUGCUUUUAUUUGACAUUAGCAACGCACAUAUGCAGGAAUAAAUUAUGCAAACAAUCUUAAAGGGACAUCAGAUACCACUUUUCUAUGUAGGAACUGCAAUGUGUUUAUUACAAGACCAAACACACCUUUAGUGGCUGUCUUCCUGACAUACACUAGAGAUACUUCCUCCUUCAGACCAAGUAAAACUCAAUAGGAGAAUCAAAAGGUUAAAAAUACUUAGAUUUCCAAUUAACUUAUUCAGAUUUUUGAGUUGGGUUUGGCCCAAGCCAGAUUGCCUGUGGGGAAGACGGUGGAGUUAGUUUCCAAGAUUCUGUUUUUUUUUUUCUGUUACUGGCUACUUUACACAUGCUCCUCCUUUUAGAUGUUUUUCUCAGUUACUUAGACAACACGUUGAACUGCUUCAACAGUGGCAUGUUAUAGAGGCCCUCUUCACCAUUUCUUUUACCUUCAAGAUAAUUGUGCAUGGAACUUACGUGACCUUUUUUUUUUCUCUUGUUACUGUUUUUACCACAUUUGCUUGGAGCUGUUUCCAGUCUUUUCACUAGACUGACCAGCUUUACAGCAUUAGCAAUACAGCUACUCACGUUCUUUUAUUUCCCCCUUUUUUUUUCUUUUCUUGAGCUUUGUUCAUUAAAGCUCCUGAAUUCUUUGCGUCGUUAUCACAAAUCAGAUAACUAUUUUGUAUCCUCUCUGUUGUCUGUUAAUCUAUACUGCAAUGGUGGCUACACACCAAUACGCUUCAUGAGUAGUAGUAUGGUCACUUUUGUUGUGCUAAUAUUCCAAAUUAAUACAUUUUGAGCAAAGCGUGUAGAUUGAAAUACCUUUCCAACGGAGGUGUAUAAAAGGUGGAAAAAAGAAUGUAUAAAACGUCUGGGUAUACCUUCAACUAUCCAUGGUAAUUAAGCAGCACAUUAAAUGAUAUACACACUCAAGCUAAAUUUGACAUGAAAGUGGAAUAUAGAUUUAUUCCAUCUUGGUGAAAAGAAGCAUCUACAUACAUUAAAUGAGAUGGCUUAUGUAGCAAAUGUACCUGGAUGCAUUUCACGUAGUGCUGAGAUGCUUUCUCAGCUACACCUCAAAAAGCAAAUGGAAUUGUAGAGAAUUGACAAGGUAGUUGCCAAAUUGGGAACAUUCCUGAAUUCCCUUUUUCAGUUCUGCUGUUUUGGCCUGAAAUUUUCAGUUCCUUUGUAAUUUUUCCCACAAAUCCUGGUUUUGCAAAUAAGCACCAUAGAAUUGUCAGUAGUAAGACUAGAGACGACUUGGUGUUCAUCUACUUUUAUAACCUAUGUUUUUUACUCUUUGUCUCAGGGAUUGAACCCGGCCAUAUCCCUGGCGCAGUGAACCUACCUUUUCCCAGCUUGCUAAAUGUAUAUGGCUAUAAGUCAACUGAUGAGAUGAAGCAUCUGUUCCAAGAAAAGGGCAUAGAUCUCUCCAGUCCUCUUGUUGCUUCUUGUGGAUCUGGAGUCACAGCCUGCCACAUCGCUCUAGCUGCCUACCUCUGUGGCAAGGAAGAUACUGCCAUUUAUGACGGUUCCUGGGUUGAGUGGUACAUGCGUGCCAAACCAGAAGAUGUAGUGUCAGAAGGAAGAGGGAAGACUCUGUAAGUGUAAAGAUUGCUGCACUAGGCAUACUAUCAGAGACUAUGUACGGACAACAUUGGGCUACUUUACACAACAAGUUUUUCCUUAAAGAUAUACUUGUUUUCUUUUAGCCUGACUUGUCAAGGAAGAUGUCCGUGUGUGCUAGCGUCCGAAUGACAAUUUUAACAAAAGUGCCUUAUGUCUCUCCAGAAACUAAAGCUGCAACUAUAUUAUAAAUGUAAAAAAAUAAAGUGGAGAUUUAUUAAGACGUCAUUAAUAAUAGAGCAAUGUCUAUUCUAGUCUUCAACAACAGCAAAAUACAAAGAACUGAGUUUUGCCUAUCAUUGAAUAAUAGAGGAGCUGGGUACGAUUCCUUUGCUUGAGUAAAAUUUUUGCAACUUACAUUUAAAUGCAUUUACGUACUAGUGCGAUAUGAAUUUUGUAAAGCUCUUAAAUCGGUGGAAAAUGAGGUAUAGGCUAUUUGUGCUAAUGGCAUUGAGUGGCGUGUCAAUGGAGUAAUAUUAGGUUAAAUCUUUUGCUGCAUAGCAAAGUGGAAGGUAUUUUUAUUGAAAUAAAACUGCAAAGAAUCAAUUAAUUUUAAUCCUGAAGGGGUUACCAUAAUUACUGUAUAAUAUGGUGGAAAAUUCUUAAUUUAAUAUUCUAUAUGUGAUCAGAAACAUGUGGAAUAUGUGAAGAAAUCGGUUAUAGAGGUCUUUGGUGCUUUGUGGUUUUUAUUUUAGUUUUACUUUUUUUUUAAUAGUGGAUUAGAAAAGUGCAAAGUUCUGUUUAUACUUUAUUUUGCAAGCAAGAUAAUCACGCUGGAACCCAGUUUACUUGAUUCUGUAAUAUGCAAAUGGUUACUCCUGGUGAAUGUGAAGUGUGUGUAUAUAUGUGCUUUAUAUGUUUGUUUUGAAAACAGUCCUUAAAAUACUAAACAUUAAACUCCAUAUUAACUGCUGGUUUAGGUUUGUGUUCUCUAAUCUUACAUUGUGCUCAGAAUAACAUAUUUUUUUUUUUUACUUUUUUUAAAAAAAAGUUUUAUAAACAGAUUAAAG